UCUUCCUCCUGUCAUCGGGGAAAGAUGGCGGCGCUCUGUGAUAGCUACCGGCUGCUGCUUUGUGUUGUGGUGCUGGCGCUGGGGGCGAGAGCGCACUAUACAGAGAGUAAGGCCGAGCAAUUCUUCAGGAGCGGACACACAAACAACUGGGCGGUUUUAGUCUGUACCUCUCGAUUCUGGUUUAAUUAUCGUCAUGUAGCAAAUACACUCUCGGUUUAUAGAAGUGUGAAAAGACUUGGAAUCCCUGACAGUCAUAUCAUCCUGAUGCUUGCUGACGACAUGGCUUGUAACCCGAGGAACCCCAAGCCAGCCACCGUGUUUAGCCACAAAAAUAUGGAACUCAAUGUUUAUGGCGAUAACGUGGAAGUUGACUACAGAGGUUAUGAGGUGACUGUAGAAAAUUUUCUUCGAGUAUUGACUGGCAGAUUGCCGCCAAGCACCCCACGACUGAAACGUCUCCUUUCCGAUGACAGAAGCAAUGUUCUCAUCUACAUGACAGGUCACGGAGGAAACGGCUUCCUAAAAUUCCAAGAUUCAGAAGAGAUCACCAAUGUCGAGCUUGCCGAUGCCUUUGAGCAGAUGUGGCAGAAGAGGAGGUAUAACGAAUUGCUGUUUAUAAUAGAUACCUGCCAAGGAGCAUCCAUGUAUGAGAGGUUCUACUCCCCCAACAUAAUGGCUCUUGCAAGCAGCCAGGUCGGAGAGGAUUCCCUGUCUCACCAACCAGAUAUGGCGAUUGGAGUCCAUCUGAUGGACAGAUACACCUUCUACGUCUUGGAGUUCCUGGAAGAAAUUCACCCAGCUAGCCAGAACAACAUGAAUGACCUGUUUCAGGUGUGUCCAAAGAGCCUGUGUGUGUCCACCCCAGGCCAUCGCACUGACCUCUUUCAGAGGGACCCGCAGUCUGUUCUCAUCACCGACUUCUUUGGCAGCGUCCGGAAAGUAGAAAUCACAGAGGAUGGCGUGAUACUGAAAACUCAUCCAGAGACGACUGAGAAAAGCUGGAAAGAGUAUUCACCUGAUGUUUCUGUGAUGGACAUAAGGACGUACGCCAACCAGCUUCCUGUAUCUGAAAUAAUACACCAGAAACCUAAGGCAAGGGAAUGGCACCCUCCGGGAGGAUUUAUCCUUGGACUCUGGGCUUUGAUCCUUCUCAUUUUCUUCAAGACAUAUGGCAUUAAGCAUAUGAAGCAUAUUUUCUAAGCCCUUCGGCGCCAUUACAAGUACUACUGAAGCUCAGGAAUAUUCCGCGCUGGUGUCGCUGCAAACCGUGCUGUAUAUUUGCUGCUAAUUUGUUCACUAACUAAGUAUUUAUAGACUGGGACUGGCCGAAAAUCAACACAAUUUACUACAGUGAAAGCUGGUUUAUGCCAUACAGAGGAGGCAUUUUUUCUCUUGUUCAACAACAAGCAAAUAGUAACGAAGUACUGCCAAAGGCUUAGCAGAAUU